CCCAGAGUGAGUGGUCCAAGGCAAGGAGAGAGAACAAGCUCAUUCAAGAUAGAAGCCAUAGCCUUUGUAUAACCUAAUCUGGAAAGUGAUGUCCAUCACCUUGGCAGUACGCUACACAGACCCUCCUUGGUACAAAGUGAGAGGGGACCCCACAGGGUACAAAUAGCAGGAAGCGGGGGUCAUUAGGGGAUAUCUUGGAGACUGGACCCCACACCAUUUUCAACUUCUGUGUUUCAGUAACGAGACUAUAAAGACCCAGUUCACCUGUCCCAUCUCCAGGAAGUCCCAUCACAGCGACUCUAAGAAGAUCUUCCACUCUUUAUUUUUGUUUAGACUCUCUCCACAUUCCCGAUAACCAACUUCUGCAGUGUCCCAACCAUGUGUCGGCUGCUUCUGCAGGAGGAUCUGACCAGGUACCAGUUUCAGAGCCUGAGGCACUGUGUAACCGGAGGGGAGGUCCUCAACCCCGACGCCAGGGAGAAGUGGAAGCGCCAGACGGGCCUGGAGCUAUAUGAAGGCUACGGCCAGUCUGAAACAGUUUUAAUCUGUGCCAAUACAAAAGGCAUGAAAAUCAAGUCUGGAUCCAUGGGAAAAGCAUUCCCACCUUAUGACGUGCAGAUUGUGGAUGAUGAGGGCAACGUCCUGCCUCCUGGAGAAGAGGGGAAUAUUGCCAUCCGUAUCAGACCCACCCGGCCCUUCUGUCUCUUCAAUGGCUAUUUGAAACACUUGGGAAGCCUUGAAUAUGACUGAUGGUCAAGCCCCACCUCAGCCUAAUCAAAUCAAAAUUUCUGACCGUGUGGAUCAGCUCCCCGGGUGACGCGAAUGUGCACCCAAGACUGAGAAUCACUGCUUUAGAGAAAUUCCAUCUCG